AUGGAAGAAUGUGAAUUGGUCGCCAUUCUUGAUACACAAACAAACCUCCAUGUUUCUAAAACAUCUUCAGAUUUUAACAUUAUCGAAACUGCCUCGCUUUGUUCCUCUUUAAAACUUCACAAUAUAAAUUGUCCAAAUAAUGAUAAGUUAAUUCUGAAGUCAUUAUCCUUAGAUAAUAAAAUGCUUAACCAGUAUAAACUAGUAGAGCGAUAUACUAAUGAUCUUUGGCUUGUAUGGAAUAUUUCAUUAAAUGAAUCAACAAUAGAUUGCCAAAAUUAUAAAGAAAAAUUAUCAAAAAACAAUGCACCAAUUGAAAUUAUUGAUUACUCUAAACUUGAAGAUCCAAAAAAAUUACUUGCAAUUUGGCAAGAGACAUCUAAGUCAAUUUCAAAAUUGAAAAAAAAAGAUUAUAUUGAAUCAACAAUUGAUAUGACUCCACCAGAUUGUCCCGUCAGUACCAAUUCUCAAGUUCAAAAAUAUAAAGAUCCUUCUUCAUAUUUCAAAAGUAAAUACUAUGAAACUUUAUUUUGGACAAAUAUUCAAUUAGCAUAUUUUGUUAAAAGCAAUAUGAUUAGAUUUAAAAACAUGUGCCUUUCAACUGCUAAAGAUUCAACCAUAAUCAAUUCAAUAUUAAACGAGCAAUGUUUAAAUAAACCUAAUUUCGAUGAUCGUCCCGAUAAUAUUAUAACUUCAUGGGAAAAAAAUGAAUUUUCAAAAGAACCACUAACCAUUGCAUUAUCUAAAUUACAAAUAUCAAAAAAUUCAGAUGAAUUAUCACAAGCAAGGAUAAAUGAUUUUAUUACGAUUAUAAAAGCUAGGGAAAUUAAACUACAAAUUAUUCUAUUAUUAGAGUUAAUUGAUAUUUCAAAAAUAGAUAAAAACUUUGAAGAUUUUGACAAACGAUAUAAAAAAAAUUUGAAGAAAAGAUCAAUUAAUAUUACUAGAAAAGAUACUAGAUUUCUGGGGAGAAGGCAAAAAAUUAAAUCGAAGAAAAAAGUACAUAAUCUAUCACUACCAGUUAAAGGAUCAACUAAUGACAAGAAUUUGUCAUUGGAUUAUUGUGAGCAACUGGAUUUAUAUCUAGAUAAACUAUCUAUCUUAGACGUUAUAUUAUCAAUUUUUACAAGCCAAAUUGAUAAAGAAGAUAUUCAAGAUAAACUUAUCGAAAAUAAAUACAAUUUAAUGAAUCACAAUAAGGAGACUUCAUCAAUUGGCUAUAUUAAAUAUGUUAUUAUUCCUUACUAUGGUAAAAAAUUACCAAAUGCUGUCAAGUUCAUUAUCAAAAAGAUUAAAGGUGUAAAUUUAAUGCAGAAAAGACCGAAAAAGGAAAUACAAAAAGUACAAACCAAUAAGUAUCAUUCUGAUGUUGUAAUUGAGCAUAAUGAUACAGUUUCAGAUAGUAUUAUAAGUGGGAAGACUUCAUCCACCCAAUCAGGUUCCAGAAAAAGAUAUUCAUUGCAUAAUCCUGCCCUCUCUUCUACAACAGCAGGUACAUUAACAAUGGAGAAUUUAAAUAAUAGAACAAAAUCUACUUUGAAUGAAUUAUUAGAAACUUCUUCAAGUCAUUCCUCUUCAAGAAAGCUAACAAACAAUCUGAGAACAAACUCAGAUUUAUCAAUUCUACAAAAGAGGCAACUUUCUGUAUCUGAACUAUCUAUGAACUCUAGUACUAUUUCAAAUAGGAACAAAAACAAUGUUGGGAAUAAAAAUAUAUUCCAACAACAUUCCUUUAAAAGAGUUGGUAAAAUGAAAAACACGUCAAUAUUAUCAGCUCAACAAUCAACAGAUCUUGGUACUCCAACUAAGGAUCACGAAUCUGAUAUUCAAGUUCUUGCUACACCUGCUGUAAACUUAAAGACAACUACUACUUCUACUAGAAAGAGAGCAUUUUUAGAAAACGUUAUUAUUUCACCUUUACUAACUACACAUGGAGUAACUUCGCCUGAAGAUAAGAAGAAAAAAGUUCGUAGAAGGUUAUUUGGCCCUUAA